GUCAAUGUCAAACUCGAAACCUAAGUAAACAAUUUUUUUAAUUUUGUUUUGGCAACUGGAUAAUAUUUACGAAUAAAAUUAUGUAAUAAGCAAUACAAAAUACAUAAACAAAGAUAAAGUAAAAUGCUUAGGUAUGCUUAAAACCAGAUUGUUAUUUUCGAGGCCCUUAUUCCUAUAUCAAAAGUUGUUAUACUGUAACAAUCAAACAAAUGAAGCCGACGACGAGAAGGAAAGAGAAAUUGAAAGGAUUAAGAAAAAUGCUUCAUUUGAAGAACCUCCAACGGCCUGCUGCAGGUCUGGUUGUGCCAAUUGCGUAUUCAUAGUGUGGGCAGAAGCACUCACAUCAAAUAUGGAAAAUGCCGGACCUGAAAUAGCGGAGAAGAUCAUGAAAUCUGUAGAUGAUCCUUCCAUGAGGGCCUAUUUGGAACUAGAGCUCAGAAUCAGAGGGUUGAAGAAAGAUUAACUUUGUUUUAUUGAUAACAGUUUAUUGGUAGUGGAUAAUUUAGUUAGGUUUAAUAAUAACAAUUGAAAAAUAUGCAACACGUAUUUGGCAUUGAGUAGUUGAAUAUUUGUAAAUAAUGUAAAAUAUAAUAAAAUCAAGUUUAAUGGGA